CGUGUCAAAUUCCAAUUCUUUCAUUACCAUUAAUGCAAUUUUUCUUGUUUCUCUUUCACAAUAUUAUUCUCCCUAAAAUACAAUCCUUUUUUUCAUCACAAUCCUUAUCACAACCAACUCUACAACUGUGCCGCGUUAUUAACCCCCCUUUUUCUUGCAAAAUAUUCUCUUUUGUCUCUUAUUACACCACCAUCUUCCUCUGUUUUUUAAACUCUUUCAGAAACCCAUUUUCAUCAUCAUUCAUCAACAACAAAAAACAAAAAACCUAAAAUUUAACAAAAUCCUAGAUGGGUUUUGGAGUUUCCUACGCUGUUCAUGUCCUUGUGUUGUUUUCUGUUAUGUUUGUUUGUGCAUGGUCACAAUCACAAGAUGAUGGUGAUGGUGCUGUGAUGCAAAAGCUGAAAACUGCACUAUCAAAAAGUAAUCUUGAUUGGUCAGACCCAAAUUUUUGCAAUUGGAAGGAAGUUCAGUGUAGUGGAAGGAGAGUCACUUCAAUUGUAAUUCCGGGGAAACUCAAUAUUGAAGGUUCUUUACCACAAGAAUUGGCAAAACUCAGUGAGUUAACUACUUUUGAUUUCAGGCAAAAUAGUUUAUCUGGAAAUGUUCCUUACAUGCCAAAUUCACUUCAGUAUUUGCAUAUUAACAAUAACAAUUUCACUUCCAUGCCAAAUGAUUUCUUCAAUAACCUCACUAAUUUGAUAGAGGUAGGAAUUGAUUAUAACCCUUUUCUUCAAUGGAAAAUUCCUUCUAGUCUUAAGAAUUGUUUAGCCUUGCAAAAAAUUUCUGCUAUGAAAGUUAAUUUUGUUGGUGAAAUUCCUGAAUUCUUUGGAACGUUUUCAAGUUUGAUUUAUUUGCAGUUGUCUUUUAAUUCUCUUGAAGGUAAUUUGCCUAGUAGUUUAUCUGGUAGUUCUAUACAGUUCCUUUGGGUGAAUGGUCAAAAUAGUAUUAAUAAACUCAAUGGUACACUUUCUGUUUUACAAAAUAUGACUUCAUUGCAACAAAUUUGGGUUCAUGGCAAUUUGUUUACCGGUCCUAUACCUGAUUUUUCAAAUCUCGAUCAAUUGUAUGAUGUUAGUUUGAGGGAUAAUAAGUUAACCGGUGUUGUUCCACCGUCUUUAACUUCCCUUCAGAGUUUGAAAGUUGUGAAUUUGACAAACAAUGAUCUUCAAGGUUCACCUCCUAAGUUUCAAGAUGGCGUUCAGGUUGAUAUGGAUUUGAUUAGAGGGACUAAUAGCUUUUGCACCAAGGUUGUUGGUCAACCAUGUAGUCCACUUGUUAAUGCUUUGCUUUCUGUUGCUGAAGCUUUUGGUUAUCCUUUUAAACUUGCUGAAAGUUGGCAAGGUAAUAGCCCUUGUAAUGGCACUAAUUGGGAAGGGAUUCCUUGUUCUUCUGGUGGUAACAUUAGCACUAUCGACUUUCGAAACAAAGGUUUUUCUGGCAGUAUAUCUCCUAGUUUUGCAAGUCUUACUUCUGUGACGAAGUUGCUUCUUGCUAACAAUAAUCUCACAGGUACCAUACCUAAGGAACUUGCUAGUAUGCCGGCUCUGAAAGAGCUAGAUGUUUCCAAUAAUUCGUUAUAUGGUCAGAUACCUUCGUUUCGUGCAGGUGUGAUUGUUAACACCAAUGGGAAUCCUGAUAUCGGAAAGGAUAAACCUCACGGGUCUCCCGGCUCUAGUUCUGGAGGGGAACAUAAGAAGAAACUUGCUGUUGGAACUAUUAUUGGUGUUGUUAUUGGGAUUGUUGGCUUACUUGGUGUAGGGGUUUUGGUAUUUGUUAUUUAUCGUAGAAGACAUAAUAAGCAUGAUGGCAAAGAUCAAACACCAAAUGCAAUAGUCGUACAUCCUCGUCAUUCUAGAGAUGGAAAUGCUGUGAAGAUAAGUGUUGCAGCAUCUGGAAGUGCUGGUGCUGGCAUUGCAGGAGGAACCAGUGGAUUUAGUCCACCGAGCAGUGUUCAAAAUGUGGAAGCUGGUAAUAUGGUCAUUUCAAUUCAAGUUUUGAGAGAAGUUACAAACAAUUUUAGCGAUGAGAACAUAUUGGGGAAGGGAGGUUUUGGCACUGUAUACAAAGGAGAAUUGGACGAUGGAACAAAGAUUGCGGUUAAAAGGAUGCAAUCUGAAAUGGUUGGUGGCCAAGGGUUGGAUGAGUUCAAAUCUGAAAUUGCGGUGCUUACUAAAGUUCGACACAGGCAUUUGGUUGCACUCCACGGCUAUUGCUUGGAGGACAAUGAGAAACUUCUUGUUUAUGAAUACAUGCCUCAGGGGACACUUAGUCAACAUCUGUUUGACUGGGAAGAUGACGGCUCAAAACCGCUUGAAUGGAAGAGACGGCUCUCUAUUGCCUUGGAUGUUGCUAGAGGUGUUGAAUAUCUUCAUGGUUUGGCACAUCAAAUUUUCAUCCACAGGGAUCUGAAACCAUCAAAUAUCUUGCUUGGGGAUGAUAUGCGCGCUAAAGUAUCCGACUUUGGAUUGGUUCGACUUGCUCCAGAAGGACAAGCCUCAUUCCAGACUAGACUUGCCGGAACUUUUGGAUAUCUAGCACCAGAGUAUGCAGUAACUGGACGAGUCACCACAAAGGUUGACAUAUACAGCUACGGCGUGAUUCUUAUGGAGAUGAUAACCGGAAGAAGAGCAAUUGAGAACAGCCAACCAGAGGAGAACAUCCACCUUGUUGCAUGGUUCCGCAGGAUGCUAUUGAACAAAGACUCGUUCAAUAAGGUCGUUGAUCCAGCACUGAAUAUCAAUGAGGAAGGCUUGAAGAGUUUCUGGACUAUUGCAGAAUUGGCCAGCCAGUGUUGUGCAAGAGAGCCUCAUCAUCGCCCCAACAUGGGACACAUUGUGAACAUCCUAGCACCUCUUGUUGAAAUUUGGAAGCCAGCUGAACCUGAUGCUGAUGACAUGUAUGGGAUUGACUUCGAUAUGAGUUUGCCUCAAGCAUUAAAUAGGUGGCAGAAUCUUGAAGAAAUGAGCAAGACACUCGAUAUUUCGUAUUCUUCAUCGAUGGUUGAUAGUUGUGAGAAUACACAGUCAAGUAUACCGCCUCGGUCUCCUGGAUUUGCUAAUUCCUUUACAUCUACUGAUGCGCGAUGAUGAUCAAUACCGUUAUAUUUUAUUCUAGCAGAAAAAAAAUUUAGGUGAGUUUUGGGUAUUAGAACUAGGGCCAGCCAAGGUAGCCCUCGACUCAAGACUCAAAGAGCGCUACAGAGAUUACCCACUAGAGAUGUUCUCAACCUUCAUUGGCAAUACCAUUAUAUGUUAUUUGUUAUAUUUUCGUCGAUUGUGAUUAUAUUUAUAUUUUAAUUAAUUUUAAAUUAGUUUGUGAUUUUAAUUUUUUUUAUUGUAUCUAAUUUUUGUUUAAAGACAUUUAUAUCAUGUUAUACAUAUACAUUUCUUUCCGAUUUGGAUCCUCAACAGCUAAGCUGGCUACCGCACUCAUUUCCACGACAGUUACAACCAUUUGAUCAACUCAAUGGCUCAUAUAUAUGAUGAGUAAAAAAAAUGUAUCAAUUCUAUUGUCAUUGUGGGGUGUAAAUCUGAGGCGAUUGCGAAAGAGAGGGGCAGACAAACAUAAUUCUUGCUAGUUGGUGGAGAAAUUUGAUGUUGUUGCCCUUCACAAAGUUGUUUGCAGAUUUAUUUUAGUGUUGAUCCUCUUCUCUGA